GUUUCCAGGGCGGAGGAGGAAAGAUUCCGCGGCCUGGCGCGCAGCGAUCGAUCGUCGCGGGUAAAUUUCGCAUCGCGGUCGCCAUUGCCGCGAGAAAGAUUUGCUAGAAUCGCUGUAGAAUCGCGGCAUCGCAGGAGCUAGCUCAGCUCCCUGGGUUUAUAGGGUUCAUCCGAAUGUAGAGCUUCUUCUUUCUCCUCCUCCUUUCUUGUUUGAGAGGGAUUUCGAGACCAUGGCUGGAGGCUAUGGAUCGUUUGUGGCCAUGUACACGGCGAUUAGCUUGGGCGGGAUUGUGUGGAGGAUAAAUUCGGUGCUCCAGAAGGUCUUGCCAGGGAUUUCCGUGGACAAGAAGGCAUUUGAUCCUGUCGACACAGCUCAAUUGCUCCAAUCGCUGCUUCAGUCGUCUCUCACAAUCGUGCUGCUGGCCAAUCUCCUCGUCAACUUCUUCGUUGUUCUAGCUCUUUGUAUGAAGACUAUUUUCUUUGGUACUCUUACGCUCCUGGAGACUCAGAAAGUCGUGGAACGGAUGAUCAACUACGUCCUCUUCAAGGGACUCUUUCUCACCUGGGUUGUCCAGCCCGAGAUGAUGCAAAUAGCUCUCUGGCUCGCGUGGUUCGCCGUGCUUGGUUUCCUUAAGAUGUUCCAAGGUCUUGCGAGGGAUCGCUUGGACCGUUUAAAUGCUUCUCCAACUGCGACAGUCUAUGCUCAUCUGCGUGUUUUCUCGGUGCUUGUCCUGGUUUUACUUUCGGACUUGUUCUGGAUUCAAUUGUGUCUCGUGGUUUUCAAGGACACGGGAAUAAGCACUUUCAUGCUACUUUUGUUCGAACCGCUGAGCAUUGCGUUUGAGACGUUGCAGGCUGUUUUAGUUCAUGGGGUGCAACUAUUGGAUACAUGGCAGCGUCAGUCUUUAGACACUUCUCCCGCUGCAACGAAUGGUUUGCAGCCAGAUCGAUCAGUCGCAGGUGCGUCGUGGGAGUGGAAGGGAAUGAUAGUUCGUAACUUCAGCUUUGGCAUGGACCUUUUGAGCUUGUUCUUGGCUUUGGGACACUGCCUUCAUAUCUGGUGGCUGAGGGGCCUUGCCUUUCAAGUUGUCGAUGCCAUUUUGUUUCUCAACCUCCGGGCACUUCUAAGUGCAAUCCUCAAACGAAUUAAGGGAUUUAUGAGGAUGCGCACGGCCAUGAGCACGUUGCAAGGUGCGUUGCCGGACGCCACGCAAGAGGAACUCCUGGCGUAUGACGACGACUGCGCUAUUUGUAAAGAGCCAAUGGUGAAAGCGAAGAGACUUCCAUGCGCUCAUCUGUUCCACCUCUCUUGCCUGCGUUCAUGGCUAGAUCAAGGCCUCGCAGACACAUACUCAUGUCCAACUUGUCGAAGGCCCCUUUUCAUGGGAAAUCUAAGAACUCUGGGACGUUCCCACCAGAGCUUCACGAGAACGAGCCAACACAAUGCGGCGAGUUUGUGGAGAGGUUCUGGAUCUGAUUCGGAGUGGACGACGGUGGCAGCCGGGCAGUCCUCCUCUGACAACGCCGCUUCAAACUCUCGAGGCCUCGGAAGGCUAGAGUUGAUGGUGCGACACUUCUCCGGUUCCGGGAGCUCUCACGCCCGUCAAUCGCCAGGAGAAGGCUCGGCAUCAUCAGCUCCACGGGGCCUCAGCCGGAUCGAGCUUAUAAUGCGGCAGCUAUCGUCCACACGAAACCAUCAACAAAGCUCUUCCUCUUCCUCCUCGCCACCGUCUUCUACCACUUGGGGCUUCUGGCCUUUCUCUUCCUCCUCUGGCGCGUCGCCAAGUUUACAACCUCACCAGGUGGAAGCUGGAUCCACUCCGGCUACUUCCAUUACUGAUGGUCUGACACCUCAGAUGAGAAGCAUGGUGGGCAUGGUGAGAGAAGUCCUUCCGCAUGUCUCGGACGAUCGUAUCGUCCAGGAGUUGAGACGAACCAACUGUGUAACUGCUACUGUAAACAACCUCUUGUGAGUGAGAUGCGUAGAGUGUAAGUUUUUUGUAAAUGACACACAGCUGAAAAUAGUUUUGGUAGAAAAGCUCUAGUUUUUCUCGAUAGGAUGAAGAACAGGAACAAUUUUAAAUGCUUAGGAGGGAAUCCCUUUUCUUCC